GUAAUAUUUCAAUAAUCACAUUGCCAGUUUCCAGCACCAACACCCCAGCUAAGAUUUUGCCAAAAACCUUAGGACCAAUCAAUGUGAACGUUGGACCUCAAAUGAUCAUAAGCACAUCACAAAGACUGACUAAUUCAGGGAGCGUUCUGAUUGGGAGUCCAUAUAACCCAGCUCCAACAAUGGUCACAGAGACACACAUAACAGAAGCAUCUGGUUGGGUCCCAGGGGACAGAAAGCGGACUCGAGAAUUUAUAGAAGCGGAUUUUUCAGAAGGUAAGAGAAGCAAAAAAGGAGAUAAAAAUGGGAAGGGUCUGAGGCAUUUUUCAAUGAAAGUAUGUGAAAAAGUUCAACGUAAAGGAACAACUUCAUACAACGAAGUCGCUGAUGAGCUGGUAUCAGAAUUCACAAAUUCUAACAGCCACCUAGCUACAGACUCGCAGGCUUACGAUCAGAAAAAUAUUAGACGGAGAGUUUAUGAUGCCCUUAAUGUCUUGAUGGCAAUGAACAUAAUUUCAAAGGAGAAGAAGGAAAUCAGAUGGAUUGGCCUCCCUACAAACUCAGCUCAGGAAUGUCAGAAUCUAGAGAUAGAAAAACAGAAGCGGAUUGAAAGGAUAAAACAGAAGCGAGCUCAACUACAAGAACUGCUGCUGCAGCAAAUAGCAUUCAAAAACUUGGUACAAAGAAAUCAGCAAAAUGAACAACAAAAUCAAGGCCCUCCAGCUUUGAACUCAACAAUACAGCUGCCUUUCCUAAUAGUCAACACUAGCAAAAGAACAGUCAUAGACUGCAGCAUAUCAACUGAUAAAUUUGAAUACCUCUUUAAUUUCGAUAACACUUUUGAGAUCCAUGAUGACAGUGAGGUGCUGAAGAGAAUGGGAAUGUCCUUUGGGCUUGAGGCAGGCAAAUGUUCAGCUGAGGACCUAAGAAUUGCAAAGUCACUGGUGCCAAAAGCUUUAGAAGGCUACAUCACAGAUAUGUCUGCAGGAUUUUCAUGGGUAAACCAAGGGUUACUUUCAAGUUCAGCACAAGCAGUUUCACAUUUAGAGGUAGCAGGAGGCACUUCUGAUGCUAAAUCAAGUGAGAAUCCAGGGUUGUGUUUGGAUGCUGAAGUGGCCUUAGCAACUGGGCAGUUUCUUGACCCUAGCAGUCAACAGUCCAGCGCUGCAACAUCACGCUACUCUGAAUCACGGGGAGAAACUCCAUGCUCAUUCAAUGAUGAAGAUGAAGAUGAGGAUUCUUCCUCCCCAGAAUAAGGACAGUGGAAAACAGAAUAUACAAAGUGCUGCUCGAAUAUUCUUAAUGGGAGCUCCUCUUUGGAUUUUACUUAAGUUUCUUCCCUUGGUUUGCACUGUGUUCAGUGAAGCAAAAUGGAAGCUUCAAAACAAAUUCAUCCACAGCUGAAACUGAAAACUGUUUGUAACUGAACACAGAGUGACAUGCAGAGACACAGCAAAGUGGUUUUUUAUAAACUAUAACCAAGGAAAAGAACAAAGUCCCUGGAUAUUGGGCAAACUAAACAUCAAGUGCACAUUUUCCAUUUUGGGACAUUCUGUCUCAAGUCUGUCUUCCCCUUAUCUUUACCAGAUGG